GUUCUCAGACCGUCAAAGCUUUCGAAGGACUUUUCAUGGCGUUUCAAUCCCGACGAUUUAUCGGGUUUCUCGAGCGCUUCAACAGAACCAGGUACCAUUCCCACUACCUCUCUUCACCUACUUCAUUUUUUCCAUUUUCAUUUCCAUUUUCAACUCUAGAUGACCAGCCAUCACCGGUUCACAUCAAGAACGAAAUAAAUCCCAAGGAACGUUUCGUUCUUGACCAGCUCUCUGAGCUUUUACCAAUCCCUCGUAACUCUUCAGCACCAGACCCAUUUAGAUAUCCUGAAAAUCCCACAAAACAAGUAGCUGAAUUUAGAGCGGUUGAUGGUUUUUUAUUGCCCGAAGAGAAAUUACGAGGGGUUUUCCUUCAGAAACUGAAGGGUAAAACUGCAAUCGAGCAGGCUUUAACGAAUGUUGGUAUUGAAUUGAGUCUUGACAUUGUUGCUAGAGUAGUGGACACAGGGAAUUUAGGUGGUGAAGCAAUGGUUAUGUUUUUCAAUUGGGCGAUUAAGAACCCGGCUAUAACUAAGGACAUUAAUAGUUACCGUGUGAUUAUCAAAGCGUUAGGAAGAAGAAAAUUCUUUAAGUUUGUGAUGGAAAUAUUGCGUGACAUGAGGACGGAAGGCGUGAGCCUUGAUUUAGAGACUCUAUCAAUUGUAUUGGACAGUUUUGCUAGAGCUCAUAGAGUGUCGAAAGCAAUACAAAUGUUUGGAAAUGUAGAAGAGUUUGGGUUGAAAUGUAAUACCGAGUGUUUGAAUGUGCUCUUACAAUGUAUGUGUCAUAGAUCCCAUGUCGGUGCUGCAAAUUCGUUUUUGAAUUCAGUUAAAGGGAAGAUACCGUUUGAUGUUAUGACAUAUAAUAUUGUUAUUGGUGGGUGGUCAAAAUUGGGUAGAGUUAGUGAAGUUGAGAGUGUUUUGAAAGCAAUGUUAGUGGAUGGGUUUAGUCCUGAUUGCUCGACUUUCAGUUACCUUAUUGAGGGUUUAGGGAGGGCUGGUCGGAUUGAUGAUGCAGUUGAGAUUUUUGAGCACAUGAAGGAUAAAGGUUGUGUGCCAGAUACUGGAACCUACAAUGCAAUGAUAUUUAACUCUAUAUCCGUUGGAGAUUUUGGGUGUAUGAAGUAUUAUAAGAGUAUGUUGAGUAAUAACUCUGACCCAGACGUUAUUACUUAUACCAAAUUAAUUUCUGCCUUGCUUAAAGCCCGUAAAGUGGCUGAUGCACUUGAGUUGUUUGAUGAGAUGUUGAGUCGUGGUCUUAUUCCCUGCACCGGAACUGUAACCUCCUUCCUUGAACCCUUGUGUAGCUAUGGUCCGCCCCAUGCUGCUAUGAUGAUUUACAAAAAAGCAAGAAAAGUUGGAUGUAGAAUAUCGUUGAGUGCUUAUAAGCUAUUGCUUAUGCGGCUUUCUAGGUUUGGUAAAUGCGGAAUGUUGUUAAACAUGUGGGAUGAGAUGCAAGAAUGCGGUUAUUCUUCAGAUAUGGAAGUUUAUGAGCAUGUCAUCAACGGACUUUGCAACAUAGGGCAGCUUGAAAAUGCAGUACUUGUUAUGGAAGAGUCUUUGCGGAAGGGUUUUUGCCCUAGCAGGCUUAUAUAUAGCAAACUAAAUAACAAAUUAUUGGCUUUGAAUAAAGUAGAAAGGGCUUACAAGCUAUAUUUGAAGAUCAAAGAUGCUCGUCAUGAUGAAAAUGCUAGGAGAUAUUGGCGUGCUAAUGGGUGGCACUUCUGAAGUGGCAAGCUUAUCAGCAGCAACUGCAGUUUUUUCAUCCUUGCUUUGCAAUUCCUGCAGCAAAUUUCAAACUUGCUUGCAGUAUGAAAUGAUUCUUCUUGUGCUUCCUUUGGUUGGACCAUAUGAGCAAAUGCAGUUCAUCUUAAUAAGUUGUCAGCUUGAAGCUCAAAAUGACUAAAAUCCAACUUGCUAAUUUGCAAUAUUUGUAUAAGCGUGAUGACUGGGAAGGGCCUCAUCCACUGGACACUCACCAUAUUGUCAUCCAAUGGAAUUCUGCACGGAUUUUCCUUGUCCACCUCUUUGCUCUUUUGCUGUUCAUAAACGCCAUCUAUCUCUGCUUAUUAAAUGGAACAUUAGGUACCAUUUUCCUUCUGAGCAUGCUUUCCAGUGCUUGCCUUGUCAAAUCAUAUUAUGGGACACUUAUUGAGAAAGAGUCUGUUGUAAUUAUACCUUCACUCGGAGUGCAACUUAAGGCUCACUAUUGGAGUGGGAGAGUUGUUCGUAGCUUUAUUCCUAUUGACAAAAUACUGAAGCCAGUCCUGAAUGAGAAUGUGACUCCAUUUACUUGUUACUGGAGCUUGGUUUUGCUCGUCUGUGGCAAAAAAGAACUAAUUUUGGCAUUCAAGGUAGUAAAACCGCCAGUGAAACUGUUGGUUCCAUCUGGAAGGCAUUGUGUGGUGCUACUUAUUGUGGAGAAACCACAGAUUCCUGCAGAAGAUAAAUAAACAUGCCUGUUUUUGGCUUUCUGAUCUGUACCUCACUGUAAAUGGAAGCUGUUCACUGCUGUUUUAAUUUCAAGGUCAUGAUGGCAAGCUCAUAAUUAGUCAGACAAUGUGAAUCGAGUACUGAGGGUUUCCCAGUGGCAAUAAUUGUCAAAUGUGAAUCAUCUGCAAAUCAUUGUAGCUUAGUGGGAGUAAAUAGGUUUACAAUAGGUGCUUAUCUAUGUCUAUAGAGAUUCCUUCUUGGUCUGUAUAAUUUGCCCCUGAUGUCUUAUCUAUGGUUUUUCUAUUUAAUCUUAAUCAGCCUGUAAUGUCAUGAA